GGCCAGACAUUCUUUGUUACUGUCACAUUUGAUUGCUUUUUUCAUCUGAGUUUUUAAAGAUUUCAUCAAAUUUGUGCACAGUUUGGGCAAAAACUGUUUGUAUUUUUUUGAGUUUUGAAAAAAAAUAUUGUUUUUUGAAUUAGUUUCACGAGUAUCAGUCUGUACUUACUGCAACUAAAUUGGAGUGUAAGCCAAUUGAAACUAUCUGCUAGAUUCCAUUGAACAGGGAACCAGGAUGAGGAUUUCCUGCGUCAUGGAAUGGAGCCUAAUGAGGAGAUUUGGUGAGUUGCAGGCCAGUUGGGUUUGUGUUCUCUUCUCUGCUUCCCUGCAGCACCCUCACGCUGAAUCCCUCUUUUAGCAAUAGGAAAGUUUGUAUCCUUUUUGCUUCCUGAACAAUACCCCGUUCAGGAUUUCAGAACUAGUUUAGAAGGCCUUUUUGCAGAGCCUUUUGGUUUUGCAGAGCUGAUUGAUUUUUGGGACCAGAAUGGAGAUGGACUUCAUGGGAUUAGGUGGCAGUAGCAGUACCAAUGAGAUGGAGAAGAACUGGAAUAGACAACGCCCAGAUGAUGAAAGUGAUAGAAGUCUGGGUCUUAGUCUUUUUCAGGAAGCUUACAAGGCCAGCCCUGGAAGUGGGCUGCAGCUUUCCUUAUCUGGCAAGACUAAGAUUUGUAACGUUGAAGAUGGUGAUCAAGUAUCUCUGAAUUUGGGCUCGAGUGGUUCAUUAAGGAGGACUGUUGUCAAGGUUGGAAAUGUCACUGGAUCUGCUGGUAAGCGUUGCUUUUCUGCAUAUAACCCUGAGAAGAAGACGUCCUUGCUAAGGUUUCAUAAUCUUCCCAAGGAAAAUAUUCAAUAUAGAAGUGAGAAUCUUCCCCUUAAUGGCAAGACAAAAGCUGUCACUGUGGUAAUGACAGGCAAGCAGCCUGACAACCUUGCAGAAUUGGACAUUCAACUGCAAAAAACUCCUAAAGACAAAGUACCUGCACCAAACAUGACCAUCGAGUGGUUAAAUUGGACCAAGGCUGCUGCAUUGCAACAACUCGUGGAUUUGAAAAAUGAACAGGAAGAAAGAUCUGCCAAGAGGAAAUUUGACUGGUUGGUAACCUCUAGUGCAAAGUCCGUUCCACCUGCAGAUGCUUUCAAAUCAAACAAGAGAAGUGCAAUUUCUUCUCAGCAAUCCUUCAAUUUCAGUCCCAAAUCAAAUGAUUCUGAUGAGUCCAGGAAACUUUUUCCUGUAGCAAAUGGUAAUCCAGAUCAACAUUUUGGAGCACAUCCUGCAACAUUUUUGGCUCGAACAGUUAAUGAGCGGAGUUAUUUCGAUCACUCUAUGGAACAAGCUCAAGCUUUUGUCACAGAAAAACCUCGGCUUUUGUCUCCAGAUGCCAAUGAGUUUUUAGUCUCUCCUUUCAAGGAGCAGUCAGUAGCUAUUUCAUGUGGGCAACACUUUUCAAGCAUUCCUUCAACAAAACAGGCCUCUGUCUGGUGUGGUACUUCUCCCUCUUCAGUUGGCACUACACGAAUUGGGGCUGCAUCUAACGCUCCUGGUAAAUUAGGUAACGCCCAGCUUACCAUAUUCUACGCUGGCGAUGUAAAUGUGUAUGAUAAUGUUCCUCCAGAGAAGGCACAAAAAAUCAUGCUCUUGGCAGGAAGGACAGAUUCAGUGUCUGCAACAGGGACAGAUUCCUACCCUCAAAGGUUCACACCAUUAGCAAUAGAUGGUCAUAGUAGACCAGCCACACCAACUAGAUAUCCAAGCCUGCCAAAUGCAAUGAGUUCACAGACUUCUUCAGAAAAUUGCAGUAUGUCUGUUCCACAACAUCAUACCCAAAAAACCCAGCUAUCUUCUCAGCCUAGCCAGCCAACUGGAUCAUUUUCAGGGGAUGAGGAUUUCCAAAUAAACAACCGUAUUGGGGCUGCUAGUAGUCAACAAGAACCUGCAAAACAACUUGCCUCAGGGGUAACCCCAACUGUCAUAAAAAGGGCACUACCACAAGCACGAAAAGCAUCCUUAGCCAGAUUUCUUGAGAGCCGCAAAGGAAGGGUUCUUUCAAACAAGGCUAAUGCAGUGGAGUCACCUGACCAGUCAUCCUCCAUGACAGAAAAGUUUUUCAGUUCUACCCCAUAUUUUGAUAGAUUCCCAACACAACAUGAAUUGAAAAGUGAUGCACUGGAUGUCAAAAACCUUCUGAUCAAGUGACAAGGCACAAGACACAAUUUGCAGAGCAAUUGUGGUUGCAAAGAACUGAGGUUAAGGCUGAACAAAGAAAACUCUGACUUAUUAAAAAGCUAUUAGUUCAAUUUCUAUGCAUCACUACUGUAAUUUUACUAUUAUUUCUCACCAUGGAGCUUCCUUUAAAGAUCACCCACUAACCCUUAUGAAUGUACUGGUAAAUUCAUUAGUAGAGAAGAGUUUAGUUCCCGACCGGAUGUUAGCAGUCCUCUAUAAUUUCUUUGUUGGUUGCAUGUAAUAAAAUAAAUAGUCAGUUUUCACCUCCCUUCUUGUCAUUGGAUAGGAAUUAUUGUAAGGAACGAAGGACUCAUUCUUUUGCUGCUCUCAUUGAAGCAGCUUAGAAAUAAUAUUAUUUAUAAUAGUUAUAGAUAA